AUGCCAGACCGCAGAUCUGUUGUGCUGAGUUUGACCACAACCAGCCAGAGAUGUUACUUUACAGACCAGCAGAGAUCAAAAGGAGACAAGUGUGAAGUUGAUAAACUGGAGCCGUUUACUGACUAUGUCUGUCAGGCCCAGGCCAGAUAUGGGGGAUAUGAAGUUGGUAAACCAGCAUCAGUUAACGUGAAGACUAAGAGUGACAAACCAGAUGAUGUUGAUACACUAUCAGUGAGCAACCCUGAAAAUAAUGCGAUAAAAGUGACCUGUAAUCAUUCAAGACGAUUUCAUGGACCUGGAGGGAAAUACAUUGCCCGUCUUUCACUAAGUGGUCACCUUGUGACAGAGAAAGAAAAUACAACGAGCAAAUGCGAGUUUGAAUUCAAAGAUCUGAGCUACCUUACUGCAUACGAAGUAGAGGUUGCUGCUGUCAACAGAGAUUAUCCUAUAGGCACUGGGAAAACAAAGGAAGUUGACACUCUCGAUGAGGACAAAGUUGUGAUCAGGAUACUCAUCUUCUUCACUGUGGCUUUCCUGGCCCUGGGAAUCUUUGGUAUUAAGAAGACAAGGGCCCAGAGUGAUACGAAUGAAGAGGAGUUGUUUCAAUCGACAGCAAUUUAUUCUAAUGUGCCUGAUCUUGAUGCUGUCAUGAAGAAGCACUGGUGAAAAAAUACAAAGGCUCGAUGGAACGUCCAACCUAACGGCCAAAUUCCCAUCAGUGAGCAUGUUUAGCAUGUGUCUGUUUACAUGCUCUUGUCUCUCAUAAGGAUUUAAAAUGCAUAGUUUGAGGUUGGCUUUUCUUAUAAAAAAGGGCUUUCACACAUUUUUCUUUUUCUCUGAAGCUUAGACAUAUACUUUUGGUGCACACUGUCCAAGUUUUGGCUGAUUUAAGAGUUUGAUUUUAUUUAUUGCUGCUUUCUCCUCAGCUUAAGCCAAACCCAAUUCAAAGCAGGUUAUUUAUCAUAGCCUUCACAUUAUCAUUACCUGUUAUUAUAAUUUUCUUGUAAUCAUGUUACAUAAUGCAAACUAAACUUUGUGUAAAUGCGAAGAUACAUAAGCUGAAGAAACAAAUGCUGUGCACUGUGGCUGCUGGGUGUCCUGCUGAGAGGCAACUUCCCCUAACUGCAGGCCUCGAAUUGAGUUUGUAUCUUUUUAAUUUUUUCGGCUAUGUUUUUUACAGUUUCAUUUCAAACAAAUUUAAUGAUGAGAUAUUACCUCUCAUACUUGCAUGGUCAAUUACAUUUUACUGCAUACUUUUGAUAAAGUACAAAAACAAAAUAAAAUGAGUCAGCUCAACGGAAGAUUUGGCUCUCAUUUUUUCUCCUCAUGCUAUUUUUAUUUUCCUGUCAUCUGUCAUUUUCCUGUCUACUGGGAUUUUGGUGCAAACCUGCAACUUGGAGAGUGUGUUUGUACAACAUACUAAAACUAGUGAUGCAACAGUUGUGAAAAUCAGGGCCGAUGCCAGUGUUUUAAAUAACAUCUUGGACAAUACAGAUACCAAUACGUUUUCAUUAGCUGUUGUUACUGGAGUAUGGUUGUCAGUGAACAGAGUCAGUUAGUGUGUGGUGUGCAGUGUUACUCAUCUCAUUGCCAACCGCACACUUGAACAAAAUGGUUAUAAAUGCUAUCAAAUGUCCCCAUAUGUGGGGUCCUCACCUUAAAAAAAUGAAGAUUUUAAAAAUCUUUACGUGUGUGUCGGCUUAUGAUAAAUAUUUCGGUUCUCUCCUUGCUCAAAGUUGCGCUAAGAAUUUUCCUAAAUCACUUUUAAGCUGGGACUUCUAGCUAGGGUUAUUCAAGCUUCAGCUGCCCUUAAAAAAACAAACAAACAAACAAAUGAGUUCUACAAGCAUUCAACCCCCAUUCAGUGUGUGCAAGACAUGAAAUAUUCAGACUAGGGGUGUGCCGGUAGUCGAGUGGUUAAAGGUGCGCACCAUGUACGCAGGCGGCCCGGGCCAUGUCUCUCCCCGCUCUCUUCCCUGAUUCCGGCUCUAUCCACUGUCCUUCACUCUAAUAAAGGCACAAAAAAGCCCAAAAAUAAAUCUUUAAAAAAAUAAAUAUUCAGACUAAAUAUGUUUACUGAACCAGGCUUUAUACAUUUUUAUUUCUGCUUUCUGUUUUUAAAUCAGUGUGUAUGUGAUUUCCAGGUCUUCAGCAGUGAACUAUAGGUUUUUCCCACUUCCAAAGUUGCUUCAUCAGGUUGCCGCAUGGAUGUGAACACCUGUAAAGAGCUUGAAGGACUCAGUCCAAAUAAAAACUGAAAGCUUUAUUUCAAUACUUUUUAUACAGGGUGAUUGUGAUGUGGGUCUUCAAUUUGACAUGAAAUGUUAAGAAAACAGCCAAACUACCAAAUCAAAAACAUUAUUAGUAUCUUAUUUUCUCAAAGGGAUUAUUCCAGAGCAUCGUCAGAGUGCCCGUGGAGAUGUAAACUGA